CAUUAUUUGCAUUCAUUGCUUCACUACUACUUCCGUAUACCUUCACUGUCUUCUCCCUCACUCUAAAAUAUCUUAUCUACAUACACGUAUACAUAUAGAGAGAGAAAGAGAGAGAGAGCAAUGGAGGGUUUGGUGAAGGGUUUGAUUAAUGUAGCCUUUGGCGACGGCGAAGACGAUAGGAACGACGAUCGUAGAAACGCCGAGACUCGCGAUGAACGGUCCAGAUCCACUUGGGCGGAGGUGGUGUCGGGGGAACAGGAUAACGACGAGUUUAGCAGUGAUCGUAGGCAAGGAUAUCGAAGAGAGGAUGAUUACGGUCAGCACCGUGAAAGAUAUGAAGGCAGUAGUCAGGAGGGUUAUGGCCAGCACAGUGAAAGAUAUGGAUACAGUAGACAGGAGGAUGAUGGCCGAAGCCAUUGGAAUGAAAAGGUUGAGCAAGAAAGUAGUGAUGGCUGGGAAACUGUCCAAAAAAAACAUCCAAAGCGACAGCAAAAGGUGCAUAUGGAUCACUGGGACAAUUACAAGAAACCUGCUGAUGAGCAAGACUACUCUAAUGAGGUAGAAUAUGGUGUUGACCUGGAGCCCUCGAGAGAAGAGCUUGCUGACCUAUCAAAAGCUUGUAACAAACUCUGGGAACUUGACUUAAACCGUUUGGUACCAGGAAGGGAUUACGAGAUUGAUGUUGGGGAAGGCAAAAAGGUUCACCAAAAGCAGGAUAUGGCAGAAGGAAACUUGUUUUCCUGGCUGAGUGAGGAUGUUCUGCAGAAGCCUACUUAUUCUCGCUUCUGUGCUCUUUUAGAUAAUUACAAUCCGCGUGAGGGAUAUAAAGAAAAUGUAACAACUCAAGAACAGCAAGAGCAGUUGGCGUUCAUAGAGGAGAUCAGUAGAACUGCACCUAUAAAAUAUCUCCAUAAGUAUCUGUCAGCAAAGCGUAUGGUUUCUGAAAAUUAUCAGGAGUUCAAGAGAAUGUUGAAAAGUCUCUGGUUUGACCUUUAUGGCCGAGGUGGUACAUCUGGUUCUUCUUCUGCUUUUGAACAUGUUUUUGUUGGAGAAAUCAAACAGCGUGGAGAGGAAGAAGUUUCAGGUUUCCAUAAUUGGCUUCAGUUCUAUUUAGAGGAAGCAAAGGGCAAUGUAGACUAUCAAGGAUACAUCUUUCCUCGAAGGCGGGGAGAAAUACCUGACUCGGAGACUCAGUUGCUCACAAUUCAGUUUGAAUGGAACGGUGUACUGAAAUCUGUAUCAAGCACUUUGGUUGGAGUGAGCCCGGAGUUUGAGCUCGCCAUCUAUACUCUGUGUUUCUUUGCGGGAGGGCAGGAGAACCAUGUUGAGCUUGGUCCAUACUCUGUCAAUAUCAAGUGCUAUCACCUGGGAGACAACAUUGGAUCUGCUUUCCCAGUGGCUGAAUGUUGAAUAUAAGGUAAUCAUAUUUUAUACCGUGUGAAAACAUACAUAAUUUACAUCCAGAUUUAUCAAACAUUUGUAAGAAUAUGUAUUUCAAGGAGAGGUGUUGGUGCUGUAUCUUUUCAGUAAACAUUGUUGGAACUCAUGGUUUAUCACUAAACAUAACAGUUUACAUGACAUGUAGUCUAGAGAAGUAUUUUGGAUCAGUAUAUCAAUGGAUUGUUGGUUUCAAUUAA